AUGACAGAAAUUCAAGGGAAUGUACAACUAAACAACGAUAUUAAUCUUGAAUUGAUAGGUCAGAAAUCAAUACGAAGAAGUUCUAGGAAAAGUAAAAGGUCAAUUAAGAAAGAGGAAGAAGAAAACAUUCUGACAAAGAUCUUGAAUAAAUGUGAGGAUGGACUUAAGGUUGUUCAUAUGGGCGAAAAGGGUCGGGGUGUGAUGGCAGUAAAAGAGUUCAAAAAAGGUGACUUCAUUGUUGAGUAUGCUGGAGAACUUAUAAACAUCUCCGAGGCAAAGCAGCGCGAGGAGAAGUACGCAAACGACCAAGACAAGGGUUGUUACAUGUACUACUUCAACUGUAACAAUAGAAAAUACUGCAUUGAUGCAACAGAUGAGUCAGGUAGACUGGGACGGUUAGUUAACCACAGUAAGACGAAAUGCAACUCUCGCACAAGACUUAUCGUCCACAAUGACUUUAUGUACCUUAUACUUGUAGCGUCAAGGGACAUCUCUAUAGGGGAAGAACUCUUGUAUGACUACGGUGACAGAAAUCAAGAGACUCUAAUAUCUCAUCCAUGGUUGAAAUCAUAGCAGGUUUAAAGCUGACCAGUGGACCGUUAGACAGUUUCAGUCACAUUAAUGCCUCUGUUUGAUGUUGAAGGAACUGCAGUUAUCUUAGAGAUUGAAUAUUUUAAGUGUUUGAGUAUGAAUAUUGCUAAGAGACAGGAUAGGGUUAUGUCACUUUGGGAAGGAUUUUAAGCACCUAAGAUUAGGGUUAGGGUUAGGGUAAAGGCUUUGUACGAUGCAUGUUUCUUUAUUUUCAUUCCUCGGAGAGAUGAUAUCAUUAGAGUUAUUGCUGACUACAAACAAAAAUAUCAAAUCCUGUGAAAAACGAUUUAUGAGCAAUUUUCGAAAAAAAAAAAA